UUCCACUAGGCCACCGCUCCGUGGUAACGCUAACGGCGCAGCUUCCUUUGCAAAGCGGCAGCAGAGGGGUCGUCCUCCGGCUAACAGCUACUACCAUGGCGUCAACUGAGAUAGCGAGGCAGGCGGGUGAAGGAGCUCGGGCUGUCCCUCUGGCGGGCCAUGUUGGCUUUGACAGCAUGCCCGACCAGCUGGUCAACAAGUCUGUCAACCACGGAUUCUGCUUCAACAUCCUCUGUGUUGGUGAGACGGGUUUGGGUAAAUCCACUCUGAUGGACACGCUGUUCAACACCAAGUUUGAGGGUGAGCCCACUCAGCACAACCAGCCGGGCGUCACCCUCAAGUCCAACACCUACGAGCUCCAGGAGAGCAACGUGCGCCUGAAGCUCACCGUCGUGAACACCGUGGGCUUCGGAGACCAGAUCAAUAAAGAAGACAGCUACAAGUCCAUUGUGGAGUUUAUUGAUGCCCAGUUCGAAGCAUAUCUGCAGGAGGAGCUGAAAAUCAAGCGCACGCUACACAGUUACCACGACACCCGCAUCCACGCCUGCCUGUACUUCAUCGCUCCAACGGGACACUCGCUCAAAUCCUUGGAUUUGGUGACCAUGAAAAAACUUGAUAGCAAGGUCAACAUAAUUCCAAUCAUUGCCAAGUCAGACGCCAUCUCCAAAAGUGAGCUGGCCAAGUUCAAAAUCAAAAUCACCAGUGAGCUGGUCAGCAACGGCGUCCAGAUCUACCAGUUCCCCACCGAUGACGAGUCUGUGGCAGAAAUCAACUCCACCAUGAAUAGCCAUUUGCCGUUUGCGGUGGUGGGGAGCACAGAGGAAGUGAAGAUCGGGAACAAGAUGGUGAAGGCCCGGCAGUACCCCUGGGGGACGGUGCAGGUGGAAAAUGAGAAUCACUGUGACUUUGUCAAGCUGCGAGAGAUGCUCAUCAGAGUUAACAUGGAGGACCUGCGAGAGCAGACGCACACGCGUCACUACGAGCUCUACCGCCGCUGCAAGCUGGAGGAGAUGGGCUUUAAGGACACAGACCCCGACAGCAAGCCCUUCAGUCUGCAGGAGACAUAUGAAGCAAAGAGGAAUGAGUUCAUGGGUGAACUGCAGAAGAAAGAAGAGGAAAUGAGGCAAAUGUUUGUCCAAAGAGUGAAAGAAAAGGAGGCUGAGCUCAAAGAAGCGGAGAAAGAGCUGCAUGAGAAAUUCGACCGUUUGAAGAAGCUCCACCAGGACGAGAAAAAGAAACUGGAGGAGAAGAAGAAGUCCCUGGACGACGAGCUCAACACGUUCAAACAGAAAAAGACUGCCGCAGAGCUCUUGCAGAACCAAGCCCAGCAGGCAGGGGGCUCCACCACACUCAAGAGGGACAAAGAGAGGAAAAACUUCUUUUAAUCUAUCUUGACCACCUGAAGAGGGGAUUGCAGCUUCAGCAAGAACUAAGCACCCUUUACCUCUCUUUAGUUGUUUGUUUUUUUUUUUCUCUCACUGUUACCCACCUUUUAUUCUCUGCAUCGCGUCUCCUUUUGGUUGAACAUGGCCUUAUGUGGACUCGCAUGGUAUUUCUGAGCACCAGAUGAAGCUCUAAAGCCAGGCAGGUCAGGAACCGGGCACAGCUUAAACCUGCUGUCAUGUCUUAAUGUACAUAGAGACUGUUGUUGUUACUCGGAGUGGUCUGGUGGAGUUUACUUGGCUAUACAGGACUUUGAUCUUUUCUUUAAAUUUACUACGGCCGGCACUAUGCACUCAUUUCUUCUAAAUGCAAAAGUCACAUUAGCGUAAAAAUCUGAAACAUCGAGGCUUGCUGAUUGGAUACAAACACUUAGAAGCGUUUAAGUAUCAUAAAGUACAUUACAAUAAGUAGAUGGGUUUUAUUUCAUUCUGUCUAAUAAUUAGGAAAAAAAAAAAGUUAAGAGUCAUAAUCAUGCAAAAGCCAAAGCCAUGUUUAUGGUGCCCAUGUUUACAUGUCACUGCUGAAUACCAUGGAGGUCAUGUCAUGCCCUUUUAAUACAAACUGUGCUUUAAUUUUCACCAGCCUGUUCUAUAUUUUGCAUGCAUCUUUUUUUUUAAACUCAUUACUACUGUGAUCUUUUACCUGCUUGUUUUUAUCCCUAAAAUAACUGUUUUCUUCAAAAUGGUGCAUAUUAUUAUUGUAUAUUUGCUCAGUCGUUUGGUUUCAGCUCCCAUUUUGCCAAAUAUUAGUAUAAGGUGGAGUUGAAUUGAAUCCCAGAUAGGAGUAUUAAAAAAAGGAUCCUCCUGCAUUUAUAUAAUUUAUAAGGAUAUAUUUU